CGCCAGAGUGACAGAGCGCCAAAAGCGAGCAUUUGAGGUUUCUGCACAAUAUGGGAAUCGACGUGGGUUACGUACCGCUCGAUGCCAUAGUGACCGGAAAUCUGCGGGAGGCGGAUUUGCUUCCGCGCCACAAAUAUCAGCAGAAGCACGCUGGUGUAAAACGAGCGGUUGAACGGAAGAAAAUACUACGCGAGCAACAGAAUCAGCAAGAACACUUACCCUACGUGCCUCUAUGGCGAUGGCUCCCUCCAAAACAGACCGAAGAGCCCGGAGAGGCGGAUGCAAAAAAGUACCAGCACCAGCAGGAGAUGUUGAGGCACUUGCGCUCGAGGGCGAAACUAUUUGGUUUGAGUUUUCGAGCUUGCGCGGACGACGAACCGGAUGUCCACUCCAUUAGCUUCUUGACCCCACCGCACUCGGCCACUGGCUUGGAGAACGCGGAGUAUCAGAAGGAUCUUUCAGCAUACGGUGUGCAAGAGAGGCAAGGAAGAACGAUCAGCUCGGCCGCGGAACGCGAUAAUCGACGACACGGUCUAAACAAGUCCAUUGAUGAAACAGUUUCAAAGACAUCCGCGAUAGAUUCGCAAAUGACGAAAUCGUCCGAUAGUAGUCAGAAUACCCGAGGAGGACCCAAAGAGACGUUUUCUCAGCCCGCCGCACGUAUAUCGGGGCCUUCGCUUUCUUUGUCACCACCAUGGUCCCCGGGACAUGAAACGAAAGGCCAGGAAGACUCGUCGAAUGGGAGCCGCUGCAUCGCCAUUGCACUAGUAACGCCGUCCCCACCCUCAUCCAGGCCGACGACCUCUCCCGCUACUGCGGGGAAACCGAAACCAAAAACGGCGCCCGAUAAACCACAAAAAAUCGAAUUCACGCUAUCCGACGCCUUCACUAAAUCGCGCCGGCGAGCACGGAAGGCUUGCCAGCGUGCUAUUUCGCGAGAAGUACGGGCGCGCAGUGGACGGGUACGGAUCAAGCACGGGAGGAACAACACAGAUAGAGAUAGGCCUUUAGAACGGGGCCGCAACGUUAAGUUCUCCAUGAGCCAUGAACGUCAGUCACAAAAAGAUGUUAACCUCUUGUCGGACCGACGAGUGGCGGGUUCUUAUGCCGCAGGGCAACAGUCACUGUCAGACUCACGGGGCGGACUUGGCUCAAGAGAGGAUUAUCGGAGUGGAGGUCGCGCAGGUAGUGAGCCGGGAAAGAGCCCUUCUGAGCUAUUCAACAACUCCAACGACUCAAAUUUCAGCAGCACCGACGACGAUGACGACGACGAUGUGGACGAGCUGCUCUUUGGUUCAGUGGAGGGAUGGAACACGGAAGGCGGAGAUGAAGGGCACGAGCUGUAUCUAUGGACACAGGCCGCUCGAGAGCUGCGCACAACCAUUUCGGAGGCCAGCCUGCAGUCACACCCGUAUGCAUUUCCGGAACCUCGGAGCUCUGCUCAACCACAGAAGGAGGGCGCAAGUGGCCGGGCGGAUAAUAUGGCCUCAAAAUCGGCGGACGUUGAUGAGAGACAGAGAAAGACCGCGAGAUCGAACGCGAAGAGUUGGUCGCAACGGCUGAAUGAUUCAUCGACGGUCAAUGUUCACCAGCCGAAUACUUCCAAGGAGCCCGCGAUGGAAAAAAUUGAUACCUCCAGCAAUGGGACAACCAUGUCUUUGGACCCCUCCAACCCUACCGCCUCAAUCCAAGCCGAAGUCUCACGUGCAUCUCUCUCAUCAAGAGGCACACCCCACGUCCUCCCCUUCGCCGACGCCGAGAAAGCGCUCGGAAACACCGCGAUCUCACCGCCGGGACCCGAACCGACCCCGCACGCCAUCUUAGCGCAAAAGGGCAAUCUCGCAACAUACCGCAGAGGCGCGGGAUAUACCUGCACACAACGAUUACCGCCGCCCGUCCGCAGUAUUCCAUCCGCGCGGUCGGCACCGUGUUUGUUGGAUGCACACGGGACUCGGAGCGCUACCCCCAGACUGGAGCUUCCUGUCGUCCGGCCGAGUACUUUGCGGCAUUUAUCGAAUCGCGGGGAAGCGCAGCAGCGGCAGCGGACCGGGCGACCUAAGCCGACGAGGACGGCCGUCCCCGGUCCUACAGCAGAUCCGCCUCCGAAGGUCAAGGUUGAUGAGAUGGAGGCGGACCGAACUGGCCGAGAGGCAAAGCAGGAGGGCCCCGAACCGCUCAAACUUCCUGUGUUGCGUUAAUCAUGACAGAUCAUGCGCUGGUGCAAGGUUUUACUGGGAUUGAUUGAUAAUUGAUAUGCACUAACCAUCAGAGCAAGGACUCAGAAUGUCUAGCUAGAUACCUGGGAGGAAUAGCUAGAAUGUAGGCAGCGUCCGAGGAGUGUAGAUUUUUAGGCAUAGCUUCUCUAAUCAUAGGUUAAGGGUUCUUACGAUAAUGUGGGUACCCAUGAAGAAAAUAGGGUUCAUUCUAAUGGAUAGACGCAAUCAAACCACGAUAGCCUGCU